AUGCGAUGUGGGAGGCUAACCGGCGGCUCUACAGAUGCAGUACCAGCGUCUAUUACGCGUGAGCUGGCAAAAUUCGUAUCUGAAACCACUUGGGAUGACAUCGAACCCAUCCGUGAUGUUCUCAAGUGUGGCCUUCUAGACUACGUCAGCCUGGCUUCCUAUGCUGUGGGCCAUGUAGAGUCGAGCCCAGCCUUUAUCGAAGCCAUCAACAGCCUGUCUGCCAGCGGUCCGGGCUCUGUCUUGGGUCUAUCUCGACGGUAUCAAGCGCAGUACAGUGCCCUCCUCAACGGGACUCUGGUGCACUCCAUGGACUGGGAUGAUACAAACAGCACGGCUUCUCUGCAUCCCGGCGCUUCUGCCUUCUCGGCUGCAUUCGCCCAAGCUGAGCUGGAGAUGAGUGUUUCUGGCGGACGCAAGGUGACGGGGCGUGAGUUUUAUACGGCCGUGGCUGUCGGAUAUGAAGUAACGUGCCGGCUUGGACGGUCCAUCAGUGACGUGCUUCAUAGGGCCGCGUUCCACCCGACGUCCGUGGUAGGAGUCUUCGGUGCAGCAGCCGUUGCAGGCAAGCUCGCUGGAUUCGAUGCAGACCAGAUUGAAAGCUUGUUUGGAGUGGUUGGUAGCAUGGCCAGCGGAUCGCUGCAGUGCUUCGAGAACGGUGGGUGGAACAAACGAUUUCACCCCGGCAUCGCCGCCCACAAUGCCCUGUUAGGAGUUCAAUUUGUCAAGGCUGGCAUGAUCGGUGCAACUAGGGCCAUCGAUGGGCCAAAGGGUUUGCUAUUCUCAUAUGCACAGUCUUCAGAACCAGACCAGGAUAUCGUCAAAGAUCUCAAGGCGCUCUGGGUGGCAAGCGACACGGCGAUCAAGCCAUACCCCUGCUGCCGUCUGAAUCACGGCCCGAUAGAGGCAGCUUACGAGCUUCGGAAACUCUUUCCAAAUCCAGAAGACCUGCCACAAGAUUCCAUCAUCGAAGUCACUGUCGGACGAAAGGCCUUGCUAGCAGUCGGCAGUGGAGCGCCCAACAAGAUUCGUCCGACUAACAUUGUUGAGGGCCAGUUCAGCCUGAACUUCCAGUUCGCAGUGGCCUGGCUGUACGGCUGCAACGACUGGAGUUCGUAUCAACUUCUCGACGACGAAAAGACUCUGGCACUCUGUCGUAGGAUUGUCGUCAACGUUGACAACAGCCUCAGGGAGGGCUCUCUAGUCACUGUUGCGAAGAUAGGCGACAAGUCUGUUAAAGUAGAAUAUCCUUUGGGCGAGCCAGAAAACCCAAUUGGAUUGGUUGAAGUCGAAAACAAGAUUCGCCCCCUAACUGAAAAGGUUUAUGGGCUCGAGGGAUCCAGAGAACUGCUGCGAUUGUUCUAUGAUCUGGAAAACCAGACCGAUCUGGGAGUUUUCAUUAGCUUAUUGAGAGUAUAG